AUGGCCCUGAAAAAGAAACUUAAUGUUUUAUGGUCUUUAGCUCUAUAUUUGGUAGCCAGCAGAUUGCCCAACGUAUUCGGAAAAGUUCCUCAGGUGCCAGUUAUCACGGAUCCGAAAUUUAUAACUGCGUUCGUCGACAUCCACAACGAAUUGCGAAGGAAGGUCCAGCCCCCAGCAUCCGAUAUGAAUCAAGUGGUUUGGGAUAAGUCACUGGCAAAACUGGCCAAAACAUGGACCAGAGAGUGCAAAUUUGCCCAUAAUCCCUGUGCUUCAAAACGAUAUGGAUGUCUUCAGGAUUUUGACUUUAUUGGAGAAAAUAUAUAUUUGGGUGCACUAAAUACCGAGCCAGAAGAUGUUGUUCGUAAUUGGUAUAAUGAAAGUAAAGAUUAUAAUUUUGAUCAGAAUACCUGUUCUAACACAUGUGGCCAUUACACACAGGUAGUUUGGGGCAAAACAUUUAAAAUUGGUUGUGCAGUUUCAAAUUGUCCUAAUCUCUUGGGAGCUACCGCUGGGCUAUUUGCAUGUAAUUAUGUACCUGCAGGAAAUAUGUUAGGCUUAAGACCUUACACGAAAGGAGAUCCCUGCUCUAUGUGCGGAGAAAGCAAGUGUGUGGAUAAUCUGUGCCGUAAGUAA